GCCGCUACCAUGAGAUUAAAUGAGAACAUCUUGCUGCUGGGAAAGAAGGUGGUGCUGGUACCCUACACCUCAGAGCACGUGCCUAGGUACCACGAGUGGAUGAAAUCAGAGGAGCUGCAGCGUUUGACAGCCUCUGAGCCCCUGACCCUGGAGCAAGAGUAUUCGAUGCAGCAGAGCUGGCGGGAAGAUGCAGACAAAUGCACAUUCAUUGUGCUGGAUGCAGAGAAGUGGCAGGCCCAGCCACGCACCACUGAAGAGAGCUGCAUGGCGGGAGAUGUGAACCUCUUCCUCACAGAUCCAGGGGACCCCUCCUUGGGGGAGAUUGAGGUCAUGAUUGCAGAGCCCAGCUGCAGGGGCAAAGGCUUUGGCACCGAGGCUGUUCUCAUGAUGAUGUCUUAUGGAGUGUCCAAGCUAGGUCUGACCAAGUUUGAGGCUAAAAUUGGGCAAGGAAAUGAACCAAGUAUCCGGAUGUUCCGGAAGCUUCACUUUGAGCAGGUGGCUGUGAGUAGCAUCUUUCAAGAGGUGACGCUCAGACUGACAGUGACUGAACAUGAGCGGCAGUGGCUUCUGGAGCAGACCAGCCAUGUGCAAGAGAAGUGCUAUAGAGAUGGGCUGUCAGAGUCCCGUUGA